AUUUAACAUAAAGUAGAGAGGAAAAAUGUCUAAUUGUUGCACAUAACCUGUAACGGAGGUAGUACAUCACAUAUGAAUGUCCCACAUCAACAAAAGAAGAAUUUAAUUUUACGAGGGUAAUGAGACCACUUCUUAUUCAUCAUUUUGUUUUUAAAAUGUAUUUUCCUCUGGUUUAGAUGAAUACAACACUCAUUUGGGUGAAUGUGUUCCAUUGUUGUAUCUAACAAUGUAUCAGAGCCCUUCACUUCAUUAAUUUGAGAGAAUUCCAUCUGAAUGAAAUUUGUACAUAAUAAAUAAGUUAGUAACAACUAAAAAAAUAAUUAAUACACAGUCUUUCAAAAAAUAAAAAAUAAAAAAUUAUAGUAAUAAUAAUUAAUACACCGUGUAAGGAUGUAACAUGCAAUUUUUUUUAUAUUUUUUUACACAAAACAUGCAAUGUUAAGAGGGAAAAAUUAAAUAAAAAAAAAAAAAGUUUUUUUAUAAAAAGUAUAUGUCCAUUUUAAUUAAAAAAAAAAUAGUUAAAAAAAUUAUGCCCAACACACAAACACCUGAACACGGUUAUAAUAAUUUUCAAUUAGCAAAUAAUCAACAUCCGACCUUAGCUCAGUUGGCAGAGCGGAAGACUGUAGUAGUUGCAGAUAAUCUUUAGGUCGCUGGUUCGAUUCCGGCAGGUCGGAUUUUUUUUAUUUAUUUUUUUUCCAUUUUUAAUUUUCUCUCUCCUCUUUCCUCUUACAACUUCCCCUCUUAAACCCCAAAUUCCUGAAUCAUCUUCUCCAAAACCCCGUCAAUGGCUUUCCACUACCUCUUCACCACCAUAACCAAACACUCUCUUAAACCCUACUUUCUCUCCAAAACCCCCAUUUUCUCUCUCCUCCAAACCUCCCUAUUUUCCACCUCCUUUUUAAUCACAAAAACCCCAAAAAAAUUCAAGAAAAAACGCCAAAAACCCAGUCCCAGAAAUACCCUUGUUCAACACCCUUCUUCCUUAAUUACCCACUUCGAAAAUCUCGUCAAUCGCGAUAAUUUCUUCCGAUUUCUCACCCGAUCAAAGCAAUUUCUCGCGAAACAACCCGAGCAUAUUCUCCGGUUAGAUGACGCCGGAAAACUUUACCGGCAACUGGGUUUUCCCCGGGGAAGAAAGGUUAACAAGUUCGUCGAUAAUCACCCGCGUAUUUUCGAAAUUUACCGUCACGAAAAUAACAAAAUGUGGCUAGGUUUUACUGAAUUUAUGGAGAAUUUACUGCAGGAGGAGGUUAAGAUUAUGGAGAGUAUGGAAUUAGAGAGGGUAAAAGUUGUUAAGAAGCUUCUAAUGAUGUCAAAAGAUAAGAAAAUGGCGUUAAGUAAGAUUUAUCAUUGUAGGUUGAUAUUUGGUGUUCCUGAGGAUUUUAGGGAUUGGAUCUUGAAAUUUUCCGAUGAUUUUCGUGUCGUAAUUGGGGAUGAUGGGAGUCGAAUGCUUGAACUAGUGAAGUGGGAUCCGGCAUUGGCCUUGAGCGCGUUAGAGAGGGAGUUUAUGGUUGAUGAGGAGAAGGUGAAGAAGGCAUUUAAGUUUCCUGUGAAACAUGGGAAGGAAUUGGACUUGGAGGAUGAUGAUGUGAGGAGGUUGAAUUUGUUGAAUACAUUGCCUUUGGUUUCGCCGUAUUCUGAUGGGUGGAAGCACGAGCUUUCGAGUUUGGAGGCUGAGAAGUAUAGGGUUGGGGUUAUACACGAGUUUUUGAGCUUGACAUUGGAGAAGAAGGCUUCAAUUCAUCAUAUAGUUGAGUUUAAGGAGGAGUUUAGUCUUACUAAGCAUACUUAUCAGAUGCUUAAGAAGCAGCCUAGGACGUUUUAUUUAGCUGGUACUGAGAUGAAUUGGGUUGUUUUCUUGAAGGAUGGGUAUGAUGAGAAUGGGAAUUUGAUUCAGAAAGAUCCUCAGGUUGUGUUUAAUGAGAGGUUAUAUAGGUUUGCUCAAAUGCAGUAUCCUGGUGAAUUGUGUCGCGACAGUAUCAGUGAAUGAUGGUGACGAAAAUAUGCUUGAUCAAGCAAGAAAGAUGGGGUAAUUAGAUGCUCUUAGAUAAUUUUGGUUGUCAAUACCCUUGUGUUAUGCAUUUGUAUACUUCAUGAGUCAUUACUACUGUCUUAGAAAGGUCUGAUGAAAAUUUAGUUACCAACAAUGAUCUUUGCCUCUUUGGCCUGUAGUUUUCUGACAUAAAAUACAGUAGAUUUAAUGUGGCUAGUCUCAGUGUUAGUAUCUCUGUAUUGUUUCAACUCAAUCCUCAAAGAUGAGUUCUUUAAUCUCUAAUUUUCUGCUUGUUUCUGAACUUGCUGUCUAAUAUAUUUUUGAACUGUCCAAACUAUGUGUGUAUGCAAUUGCUUGGUAUAACAUAAUAACAUUGUGUAAGGAACACCUGAUUUUAGAUGAUCUUUAUAUUUGACAGCUCAAAUAGAUCGAGUUAGUAUUUAGACAGAAUUUUCCAUCUAUCACUAACUUCUUUGGGUCAUAUUUGAGAUGAAUUAUUAUGUGCAGGUUUUCAUAUUUCACAAAAAA